AUGCCCAAGGCCCCAAACUAUGCCGAAACAGAUCCCGUGUCUCUGAGGUGGCUCAAUGACCACACCUUCAUUAUCUCCGGCAUUGACCAAGAAACUCUCGAAACCUAUGAAGCCGAAGAGCAAGCACGAAGCUUCAACAAACCUCAAAGUCCGAAUGAUCGCCGUGCUGCAAGGAGAGCCCGACGCGAAAGCGCCCACGAAAAUAUCUUCUUCACCGGCCUGGCUUCAAGUCAGAAUGGUCAGACCAAGAAUAAAUCUGACGCCCCUGAUUCUUUUGUGGAUUACCUGAACGAAUCACAGGAGAUUGCUUCAUCCAAAAGUCUUCGUCCAACGAUAUCCUUUAAUGGUAAUGGAGACACAGCAUCUGAUAACGACGAAAUCGACAAGGACGACGACGCCGAUGACGAUGAUCAUGUGUCAAACAACUUUCAACCUUUGCCGCGUGGUAUCAAUCUGUCGAAACGAGGGGGCACUGUGAAACGACGACGACGAGGUGGUGCCCAAUCAACAUCACGACAGCCAUCCCGUGAGCCUUCGCCUGAGCUUGCUCUUCUAGCAGCAGAAGAUGAUGUCGUAAGCGACACUGACCUACCGUCACCCUUCACAGAUGAGAUAUUUGAGGAUCCCAAUCUACCAGACGAUGAAGCUCAAGCACUCUACAACAAAAUCUACGCGCCAAUGACACAAGCAGAUGUCUUCAUCAAUCCUCUGAUCAAGUUUCUGCCCGGUCAACGCUCUACGGACAACUUGUAUGUUCUAGCCGCAAAUACCGCCGCCGCACUCCGAGCAUGGCAAGACGAAUAUCUAGAACUUGAAAAGAUCACUGCGCCACAUGCUGCCAUCCCUCGCAAAGCUGCCACUGGACAGCGAAACCCCAUCGACUACAUGACAUACGAAGAUCAAAAGGAAGCAGAUCUUUACGACUACGUAUUUGAUGCGAAGAAGGUCGGCAUGCAAGAUCCUAUCGCCCAGAAAGUGGUUAGAGACGCUUCUGGCAGGGAACUACGUACUCGUCAACCUCGAGGUCAGGCCAACAAGGAAGCUUCCGCAGCAGCUGCGACUGUUAUUCCUGAAGAGAUUGUCACUGGCAGACGGGCUAGGAAACCGGUUGCCAAGUAUGACGGUGUUGUUUCGACCGAGCAAGCUAUGGGAAGAAAGCGAGGAGCAGAGGCGAUGAGUGAGACACCAGAGGCCGAGCCUGUAUCUAAGAGAGGCAAAACGACCGGUCGUGGACGCGGCGGCCGAGGUGGUCGUGGAGGCAGAGGCGGAAGAGGAGGUCGCGGUGGUGGAAGAGGCGGUCUGAUCAGCAAGCGUCUUCAAGAGCUGCGUGAAGAGAGUGCUGCAGUCUCAGUAUCUGCAUCUGAAGAUGAGCUUUCUGGCUCAGAUGCGGGCAGCGUGCCGCCAGACACCCGCGAGAACAGUCCUGUAUAUGAGCAAAUGCCUGCGACCGGGACUACCACGCCUGGGCUCGCUGAUGAGUCUCAAAUUGACCCACAGAGCGAGGACGGUCCGUCGCUCACAGCUAGUGGCAAAAAGAAGGGACGGCCAAAGGGCAGCAAGAACCAUCACAAGAGAUCAGACGCCGGCAUUCCUAAAGGCCCCCGUGCACCGAAAUCUCAGGGCGCUGGUACACCGAGUUUUGGAGGACCUAAUUCAGAUGUACCUGGCAGUGCAGAGACCAGCCUCACGCCUGGAUCUGCCGACACGACACCUGCGGGACCAGCACAAGCAGGAGCACCGGCCGUCGACCCGAAGCGUAAAGUUCCCAGAAGCGAAAAGCGAUCGAAGAGUAUGGUGGAAUGGUGGGCUCGCCGCAAAGCCAAGGAAGCAGAAGACAAGGCGCGCGAACAAGAAGCACAAGCAGCUGAACGUCAUCGUGCUGCAGAAGCGCAUGCGCGGUACAUGUCUCAACACGGCGGAUUGAUUGCUGCACAACAGCAAACUCAUCAGCAACAUCAGCAUCCUCACCAACAACAUCAGCCACCGCCGCAACAGCAGCAAUUCGGUGGCUACACGGGACCUUACCCACCCACAGGUGUUCUGCCUCCUCCCGGCCCACCUCAGCAGAUGCCUCAACACGUGCCUCAACACUGGGGCCCUGGCUUUGCACUACCCGGUAUUCAAGGUCCUGGUGGCCUAGUCUGGCAUCAACCGGUGCACCACCCAAACCAAAACCUACCUCCGAUUCAACAGCAGCAACCUCCACCAUCUCAGCAACAGCAACAAGGACCACCUCAAGGCCAACAACCUGGACAGCAAGGACCAGAUGGGCACAGAAGAGAUCAGCAUGGAUUCGUCAGGAGCUUUUGA